CCAAUUCUGAAACGAAGCUCCGACAUAACCAAGUCGCCUCUCACCAAGUCAGAGCAGCUGCUGAGGAUAGAUGACCAUGACUUCAGUAUGAGGCCUGGCUUUGGAGGCCCAGCCAUCCCCGUGGGUGUGGAUGUGCAGGUGGAGAGCUUGGACAGCAUCUCGGAGGUCGACAUGGACUUCACCAUGACCCUCUAUCUGAGGCACUAUUGGAAAGAUGAGAGGCUGUCUUUUCCAAGCACGAACAAUCUGAGCAUGACAUUUGACGGCCGGCUCGUAAAGAAGAUCUGGGUCCCUGACAUGUUCUUCGUGCACUCCAAACGCUCCUUCAUCCAUGACACCACCACAGACAACGUCAUGCUGCGGGUCCAGCCCGAUGGGAAAGUGCUGUACAGCCUCAGAGUGACAGUGACUGCGAUGUGCAACAUGGACUUCAGCAGGUUUCCGCUGGACACGCAGACCUGCUCCCUGGAAAUCGAGAGCUACGCCUACACAGAAGAUGACCUCAUGCUCUACUGGAAAAAGGGCAAUGACUCCUUAAAGACAGACGAGAGGAUCUCCCUCUCCCAGUUCCUCAUCCAAGAGUUCCACACCACCACAAAGCUGGCCUUCUACAGCAGUACGGGCUGGUACAACCGUCUGUACAUUAACUUCACUUUACGCCGUCACAUCUUCUUCUUCCUGCUCCAAACCUAUUUCCCCGCCACCCUCAUGGUCAUGCUGUCCUGGGUGUCCUUCUGGAUCGACCGCAGAGCUGUGCCUGCCAGAGUUCCCUUAGGCAUCACCACGGUGCUGACCAUGUCCACCAUCAUCACGGGCGUGAAUGCCUCCAUGCCCCGAGUGUCCUACAUCAAAGCCGUGGACAUCUACCUCUGGGUCAGCUUCGUGUUCGUGUUCCUCUCAGUGCUGGAGUACGCGGCUGUCAACUACCUGACCACAGUGCAGGAGCGGAAGGAACGGAAGCUACGGGAGAAGGUGUCCUGCAGCUGCGGACUAGCCCAGCCCCGGGCAGUGAUGCUGGAUGGCAGCUACAGUGAUGGGGAGGUGAAUGACCUGAGCGGCUACAUGCCUGAGAAUGGCGAGAAACCCGACAGGAUGAUGGUGCAGCUGACCCUGGCCCCUGAGAGGGGCUCUCCCCAGAGGAAAAGCCAGAGAGGCAGCUAUGUGAGCAUGAAGAUCAGCACCCACGCCAUUGAUAAAUACUCCAGGAUCGUCUUCCCAGCUGCGUACAUCUUAUUCAAUCUCAUAUACUGGUCAAUUUUCUCUUAGAGGUUUGUAAUUCUGUAAACCUCGCCUUCUUCAUGGUUUGUAUGCACUACAGAAAUUGCUGUAAAUGACAAAGUAUGAAAACUGCCCCAGUGCCCCCCUGGGUUUUCACUGUCCCUUCUUCAGCCAUGCAAAGCUGCACUGACAAGACAGCAUUUUUGUAUGUAUUAAGCAUCAUUUGUACACACAGUAUUAUGCGAGGCAUUGUAGGAAUUUGUCAUGAUAGCAACUGGUAUUAGCUGUUCCCAGAUCCCACAGAGGACACAUGGUCAUGCUGCAUUUCAGUGCUGGGCCCUGGGUUCUCUCCUCAUGGAGGUCUUCCUUCAUGAGUGGCACUGUGUUCUUUAGAUUAUGUGGAACUGGAGAGCACCUGGAUAAAACUCAUUUGCACGGAGCUCACGUGCAUAUAAGCCCCCUGUGGUGACAGCCGUGCUUCAGUCUGUCCCUGCACCUGUUCGGCAGCCCCCACAGUUAAUGCACGGUAGUGAUGUUCAUGCUUCAGUCUGUCCCUCCGUCCACUUGGCAUCCAGUGUAGUUAACAUACAGUAGUGAUGUUCAUGCUUCAGUCUGUUCCUGAACUGGUUCAUCAUCUCAUGCUCCAGUCUGUCCCUCCGUCCACUUGGCAUCCCCCCAAUGUUAACGACCGGCAGCAAUGCUCACAGGCUCUCUUUAUCUUCCCUUAUAAGAAAUGCUCUUUAGAUGGCUGACUCUUCUCUGGCAGAGAAACUCUGAAGAUGGAGAUACGUGUAGGCAUUCUGUCUGUCCUGUGGAGCUGAGUGUGCUACAGAACCGUGUUCCUCUCUCUGUUUUCUAGUCACUGUUUUGUGCCUCUCUACCACGGAGCACGUGCUCUUUCAAAAUGAACUGUUUUCUCAGUAGCAUGGUAUUAUCACGGAGGAGCUCGAAGAGGUAUUAAUUUCUUUUGAAUAAUCGGCAUUUCAAGGAAACUUGAGGUGAUACAGCUCAUGAGAAUAAGAAGCACACAAUUUCUUAAGAGAAAAUAACAUCAAAAAGCAAAAGAAACAGAUAGACAUCUACAUUUCCACUCUGAGAGCCAACACUGUCUAGGAACUAGACAGCAGUUAUCAACUAGAUUGGGCGUUCCAUAGACCAGAUGAAGUGGCCCAGUGACAAGUGAUGUCAGUCAUCACUUGUAAUUUGAUGUGUUACUUUAAAAUAAUAUUCAAAAAAAUAAGCCUUCAUGUUAUUUAUCUAGAAGAUAUAGAACAAGUCCAACCAAACUUGCCCAAAAGUAUGGCGUUUUCUCCGGGCUACAUCUUUCACUCACAGAGACAGAGACGUCUAUUUAGCAUCUGUCCACAUCCCAGCAGCCUCUAAAACAAGUUAAGACAUUGCCCUUUAAUUGCGGUUGUGUUUGCCGGGCAGUGGUGGCGCAUGCCUUUAAUCCCAGCACUCAGGAGGCAGAGGCAGGCGGAUCUCUGUGAGUUCGAGGCCAGCCUGGUCUACAAGAACUAGUUCCACGACAGGACCCAAAAGCUACAGAGAAACUCUGUCUCAAAAACCAGAAAAAAAAGAACUGUGGUUGUGUUCAGAGUUUAGUGAGACAUAAAUGAUAAUUUAACAUUGUGGAAUAUAUUAAUAAAAAGGAGGUGGUCUAAGAAACCCAUCCAGGAGCGCUAGGAAACCACCCUUCAUAUAUGUGCUUCUGUCUCCCAUCAUUUCAAAGUUGAUUUGUCGGGUCAAUGCUAAAUAAUAUAUGCGUGCCUGUUCUUUAUUCUGAUUUUUAAAGAACUAUUUGCAAAGUCCUACUUAGACGGUCUUUCAUUUCCCCCAAUGAGAGUCCUACUUAGUUAGUCUCUCAUUUCCCCCAAUGUAAGGUCACCAAAAGCUUUUUGCAAACACAAAUAGUAAACUUAGAAGGGCAUAAAUUAAACUAUUAAUUAUCAUUGAUAUACAAAAUGACUGUUUGUUUUAUCAAGCAUGGUUUACACAUGCCUGAAAUCUCAACACUUGGGAAGUAGAAGUGGGAGGACCUGGAGUUCAAAGCUAGUCUUAGCUUUAUAGCAUAAUGGAAGGCAGCCUAGGCUAUGUGAGGUUUAAAAAGAUUAGUUUCCAUUUUUAUUUUAUGAAACAAUUAUCAUUAAAGUUAACAUCUUUGCCACUGUCUUCUCCCUCACCACUAGGGCCACUGAGUUGUCUAAACUAAACCUUACCUACUGUUUGCGAUACUCUAGCAUUUGAGGCAGUGUGUAGAAUGUUCUACUAGUCUGCUAACCUGUAGGCCAAAUGGCUUG